GCAACUGAGCAAGCUUUAAUAUUAUUCAUAAACAUAUCAAGUUUUAGAUAAAUGCAUAAUUUGUAACUUGUUAUGUUAAACUAGGUAAACCUAUCUCUCGCUUGUUUAUUUUAUGGUUAACUGAAAAGUUAUAACACAUGUAUAGCAGUAUAUAACUUUUUUAAUUUUAUAUCAAGGAUGGCAUUGUUGGAGUUACUUUACAAAUAUUGCGAGUUGCAAUGUCCAAACGCAAAAACCGGUUGUAACUAUAUAUUUGUUGGUAAGGAUAAAACCGAGUAUUGGGAACAUGUGAACAAAUGCCAUUGUAAUGAAAUAUUGCAAGUAAAACAAGAAAGGAAAGUAGAGGCGCCUCAUAAAACACAUGUAUACCUUUAUAACAGAACAAAUGAUGAAGGAUACAACGGGAACAGGAAUUAUAAUAUUGACACUGGAAGCAAACAAGGUCGUGCUGAAAGCAUAAUAGAAAAACAUCCACAUAAGUUCUGUCAUGGAGAAAGCGACAGCACUGUGAAACAAGAUCCUUCUGAUAGAUUUAGAUCUCGUAGCAUGUCUGGAUCAAGAUGUAGGAGCGAAAAUCAAGUGAAACCCGUUUUGACAAAUGACAAUGUGUAUUCGCCCAUGCCAGAGGUCAGUGAGAGAUCUACAAAUGGAUGGCAGAGACCAACAACUGAUCGUCGAAGACACUCAUCUAAGAGGGAUUCUUUUCCUGUUCAUGGUUACGAACCGUAUGAGAAAUCAUCUCAUUCAAAUGAUUCUAAGUAUGUAUCAGAUGACGGUCAUCAUUUAAGUCGAUACCGGGCUUCAGACGGAAAAGUAACAUCUGACAUUGCAGGAAUUAUCCGUACUGUAACUCCAAGACCGGAAGUUACGCCGAAUGUAAGAGCUUUAUUCAGUUUCAAGUGUACAGACGUUUAGAGGGGUUGGACCUGUGAGAUAUUAUACAAUUAUUGACUUUUUCAUAGGUUGAUAUCAGGAUUUAUCAACCCAAAAAGAGUAAUACUCACCGAGCCGAAGGAAUUGAUGUACAGUCAGUCUUGUUAUUAAAAUUGUAUUCUCACUUAAUUGAACGACUGAAAUUGGAAAUAUUGCCGCCUAUUUUUAGACCAACAGGUUGAUAUUGGCUUUCCAAGCACCGACUUCGAUCUAUUUUUAUACCAUACUAUUUAUAACCCAACAUAAAUUGAUAUAACAUGUACUCAUUACUUUUCAAACCGUUUUCAGAAAAUCAGAGAAACAAUAGAAUACAAUCGUGUAAUAAUGUUUAGUGAAGCUUUUGAAAUAAUUAGAUAUAUAAAAGCAAUUAAAACGUUAUAGCAUAAUUAUUGAAGUUAUUUUGAAACCAUGAAAGAACUGUACUUCAUACUAGGAGAACAAAGGUUUGACAUUUAUGAGAAAAACAUGCUAGGGUAAGAAUUCAGUGAUAAAAAUUCACCUUCGAUUACUUCGUGUCAUUCGGAAUUAGCCAAGUAUUUGAUGUUUUUGCAUCGGUUAUUUUCUCUGACUAGAUCUAUCUAGUUUAUUUUUUUGACAUCUUAACUUGGGUUAGUAAAUUACUUGGAAUACUUAAAGCCAAUGUCAACAAAUGGGAAAUAAUGGAAAGCAAUUACGUUAUAAAUAUAUUAAUAUCCUACCUUCAUGCAAAAUAAAGGCAAAAAUCAAGGGGUCAGAUAAAUUUUGCUUUAUCUGGUCAGUGACUAGAUAAAGCUUAGCGGACUACUUUUUGGAUUUUUUUAAAACGACGCCAUCUUGUUUUUAAGAAUAACUGCUAAAAGUCAUAUUUAUGCAAUUAUUUUCAUAAACGCGCUUUUAUUAGGUACGUGAGACCAUGUCACAAAUGUAUAGUGUAUGCAUACCGUAUUUGCAAUUACUACAAAAAGUUUUUAUAACGGAAAAGCUCGGAGAAACGGAAAGUGACUCAUGUAUAGCGUUUGUUCAGGAUUUUAGCUUUCUACACUUCAAUCUAGGAAUAUAUUACAUCUGGAAUGAAGUGUUAUUGAAUAAAAUCAUCGAGGAAACGGUUUGCCUAUUUGUUCUGUCAAGCGGCGUUAUGGCGUGUAUAUAAGUCACGUCAAUCGUUUGCUUGUUGAGGAUGGGUAAUCCGGCAUUCAACUGAACUUCGGACAAAACUUCACUUGGCAGCAAAUUAAAAUUAUUCUUUAAUGUUCAGCAGAACAGAGAAGUCGAGCAGGAGCAAGUCUAAUUCGGAGGAGUAAGUCUUCCAAGUGCAGCAAGUCCAGGUUGCGCAGCAAGUCUAGUGAGAAGAGCAAUUUAAAUUAGAGGAGAAGUCUAAGGAGCGAAGCAAGUCUAAGAAGCGAAGCAAACCUAAGACGUGAAGCAAGUCCAGGAAGUGAAGCACGUCUAAGAAGCGAAGCAAGUCUAAGACGUGAAGCAAGUCUAGGGGUAUAGCAAGUCAACGGAAACCUGAGUUAUUAGACUGGGGUAUGUCGUUGGUCGGGCGGGCGGGCGGGCGGCGUCAAACUGGUGUUUCCGGUCAAUAACUUUUGUUUCGGUAAAGAUAUUUGAAUAAAACUUGGUAUGUAUGUAGCUUAUAUCAAGACAAAGGCUGGGAUUGAUUUUGGGGUUUCUGGGGUCAAGAUCAAGGUCACUGUUACUUAAAGUAGAAAAAGGGUUUCCCGUCAAUAACUUAACUUAGGAAUGAGCUAUCAUGAUGAAACUUGGUGUAUAGAAGACUUAUAUAAAGUUGUAGCUUGGGAUUGAUUUUGGGGUUUCUGGGAUCAAGGUCAAGGUCAUUGUUACUAAAGUUAGGGUUAGGGUUAGGGUUUAGGGUUA